UCCCCGAUGAUCAAUAAAUUUAAAAUUUCAUCAAAAAAAAAAAAGGUUAUAUCGUAUAAAAUAUCGUCAAAUUCACUUUUUCAUGUUCGUAUAUCUGUUUAUGUAAUAAUUUGUUGUUGGGAAAAUUUGUCUAUUGACAAUGUACUCUUGUUUUAUUCUUAAUGAAAUUGUUUGCAGAAUUUUUUUUAUUAAUUUUGAAUAAAGUUGAAAAUACUCAUUGCCGAAAAUGUUAAGUCAACUUAAUAUAAAAACAAACUAGGAAUGUAUAAGCCAUUUUCGGUAAGAUAUAUAUUCUUAACUUUACUAUGAUGUCAAUCCUUAUCUCCUACUUCAAUAACUCACAUCCGCAGAAUAACUCUUUAUUUAUUCACCUUCUUUGCAUGCAUUUGAUUUGCCUUAUCAACCAUCAUGUUGUGGAACUGGUUCCAACUACGAAAAAGGCGUCAGGAAGUCUCUCCCGACACGCCGAAAUGGUCGUCGAGACGUUUCUCAUGCUCAUCUUUCAAAGACGUAAACAAUCUUCUCUAUGACGACGACGUUCCCUCGCCAGAACUUCAAGUCCUUCACCAGCCAAGGAGCCCCAAGAUUGACCGUUGCACCUCAAGAACUCCCCCUCUGACGAGGGAGACGCUCUACUCCACCGACCAAGGAGGCGUGGUUCUCUACUACACCAGCCUCCGUAUCGUACGCAAAACAUUCGAGGAGUGCAGAGCCGUCCGAGCCAUCCUCCACAGGCUCCGCAUCCCUAUCGACGAUCGAGACUUAACGAUGGACGCAAGGUUUCACGACGAGCUGCAUGCGAUAUUCGGGACCAAGAACGUGGAGUUGCCUAAGGUUUUCAUAGGUGGGAGAUACAUAGGAGGGGCGGACGAAAUCAAGAAGUUAAAUGAGAGCGGCGAGCUGAGGAAGAUGGUCGGAGAACUACCACCGUCGGAUGGAAGAUUCAGUGAGAACUGUGAGUUAUGCGGAGGAUGGAGGUUCGUUGUUUGCGAGAGAUGUAAUGGUAGCCACAAGAUCUUCUUGGAGGAAAAUGGAUUUGUAAAUUGUACGGUUUGCAGUGUGGAAGGUCUUGUUAGGUGUUCCUCUUGUUUUCCGAUACAUCGGACUAUCGGAGACGGAACUAUGAUAUCUCCGGUAGAUUUAAAGUAAAAGCGUUUAAUUAUUAAAAUCAAAAAUUUUAUUUACCAAUGUUUGAUGGUAAAAUAAAGAAAAAAAAAAUACAUGUAUCUUUUCUUCCCUUAAAAGAACUAAAGGAGAUAUGAAAUUAUUUUUCUUUUCUAAUUUUACUAUGACAUUCCUUAUUUCAAAUAAUUUUAUUUUAAUCUAAAGUGGAGAUUCAGACAUAUUAUGCUUUGAAUGGUGACCAAGGAACGAAAGGGAACACUGAAUUCUUUAACAUUCCAAAAAAAAAUCACAAUUCACAAGGAAUAGUUUUUCCUUCUUGUUCCUCCCCAUUCCUUUUUUUGUAGAGAAAUAUAGAACAAAAACAUUCCUUGUUAAAUUUGAUAAGGAACAAACAUUCUUAUACGUUCAUUUCUUAUUCGUUCCUCGUGUUCCCGAAAAGGUCACCAGUCGGAGCCUUAGUCUUUAAGAAAACUGGAUCAUUUGUAUUCAUAUUCGAUAUAAUGCUUUUCGGUACACAAAAUUUUGGUUUCGAUUGGCGCUGACGAGUGUGAAGUCAGUGAGGGCUCACACUAACAUCGAUAACGAUCUUAGAGUGCAAUGAGGACAUUUGUAUUUUUUAAGAGGAGGUGAAUUGUAACAUCUGGAUUAGUGGUAUAAGGAAAGACUUAAGAGGAUUGAUUUGGCUACUUGUUUCACCAAAGUGCAUUUAUCUUUUCGGGCAUACAUCCGUCUAAAACUCCAUAGUUAAGAGUGUUUGGGUUGGAGUCCUAGAAGGAUGAGUGACUUAUCGCGAUGUGAUUCGCGAUAUCGUGCGAGUGGGACCAAAACACAGGA